GCUAUGGCGAAACUCCAAUACUUCCUCAUCCUCUCUCUCCUCCUGCUCUCCACCUUCACAACACUAUCUCACGGUGGUAACUCCACCACCGGACCACCCAACACCAUCCCUGAAGAAUGCCGGAAGGCCACCGGCGGACCAUGCCACAGCAAAACCAGAUCUUUAAAGCUUAAAGUCAUCGCCAUUGCUGCAAUUCUAGUGGCUAGUAUGAUGGGUGUGACCCUACCCAUUCUUUCACGGGCCAUACCCGCUUUACAACCCGACAAGAAACUCUUCGUAUUGGUUAAAGCCUUUGCUUCCGGAGUGAUUCUCGCAACUGGAUACAUGCACGUCUUACCCGAUUCGUUUGAUUGCUUGACAUCCGAAUGCUUGCCCGAAUACCCAUGGAGAAAGUUCCCAUUCACAACGUUCAUUGCAAUGCUGUCAGCUGUACUCACGUUAAUGGUGGAUUCGUAUGCAAUGAGUUGUUACAAAAAGUAUCACGAGAAAACAAAGGAGAAACUGGAAGUGAAGAUCUCCGGUGAUCAUUUCCAUGGCGAUGGAUCAUCUGGGAUUGAUUCCCCAGCGUCACAGUUGAGGAGAUACAGGGUGGUUGCUCAGGUUCUAGAGCUAGGAAUAGUUGUACACUCAGUUGUGAUCGGACUAUCCAUGGGUGCAUCGGAUAAUUUAUGCACCAUAAGACCUCUAGUGGCUGCGCUAUGCUUCCAUCAGUUCUUUGAAGGAAUGGGUCUCGGUGGUUGCAUUCUUCAGGCGGAGUAUGAGAUGAAGAUGAAGGCAAUGAUGGUGUUUUUCUUCUCGGUGACGACUCCAUUUGGGAUAGCACUUGGAAUUGGGUUGUCGAAUGUGUAUCGUGAAAAUAGUCCGGCAGCCCUGAUGGUGGUCGGAAUACUAGAUGCAGUGUCGGCAGGGCUGUUGAAUUAUAUGGCUUUGGUGGAUCUGUUGGCGGCGGAUUUCAUGGGGAAAAAGCUUCAAGAAGAUAUGAAGCUUCAAGCAAUUUCUUUUGUUGCAGUUUUUCUUGGUGCUGGAGGGAUGUCGGUGAUGGCAAUUUGGGCAUAAAUAAUUUUGCCUUCCUUAAUUUUUUUUAUUUAAGAAUUAAGAUUUUUGGGUUAGGAAUGUGUAUCUAGGGGAUUAUUAACGCAUUUAUUUGAAAAAGAUUGACUAAAUUUACUAUUUUGCCCUUAUAUUGAAAAUGAUGACACAAAAAAAAAAAAAAAAAAAAAAAAGACAAAAUUGCAAAAAUUGUCCCUAUGGUUGGCAAAUUUUUGUGGUUUUGGUCUAAAAACGUUUGAUGGUGCAUUAGUGGUCAAAUUUUGAAUAUCUUAUAUGGUUUUGGUCC